AAGAAAGAAAAAUGGCAAUUUCAUCUGCACAAAAUCAUUUUAGAUCUAUUAGUUUGCCUUCAAGAUUAAAUCCCUAUGCCACAAAACUCGAAGUUGAGCUGCAGAAACUGAAAACUAGAGAAAUUUCGAAAAAAUCUGAUUGCAUAACCACAGAAGGUAUUAAGUCUUGGCUUCUAGGGCUUGCAGAAUUAUAUAACUAUGUUGAAGAGUUGAUGCUGUCUCCAACCACUCAGAAAUCACUCGUUCAACAUUAUCAAAAUGGAAAAAUAGUGGAAGAAUCACUCAAAAACUCGGUCGAGUUGCUGGAUUCCUGUGGCGCCAUCAGAGAAUUGGUUGUGAUGGUUAAGGAACAAGUUCAAUUUCUUCAAUCUGCAUUAAGACGCAAGGGUCAAGAUUCCAGCAUCCAAAAGGAUAUGAACGAGUACUUCUCCUUCAGAAAGAAAAUGAACAAAUCUAUAGCCAAAAGUCUCAAAAAACUCAAGCACUUGGAGAGAAAAAAUGGAGCAACGCUUACCGAUAAUCACAAUCUCCCAAUGGCGACUCGGAUGUUAAGAAAAACAACUGAUUACGCAAUAUCUAUUUUUCGAAGUCUUCUCGUAUUCUUCUCUUCGCCUGCAGCAUCAAUGGGACGAUGGUCUCUUGUUUCAAAGGUAAAAUCUGUGGCUUCUCAUAGAAAUGAUGGUAUUUUAAGCGAGGUGGGAAGUGUAGAUUUUGCACUUAAUUCCCUUAAUGCUGCCAUUCGAAACAGUAAUUCCAAGGUUGUUGAUGUGAAAAUGGCAGGUGAAAAGUUACAAAAUCUUGAUGCAAGUAUUGAAGGUUUAGAGGCUGAAUUAGAGAGAUUGUUCAGACAAUUGUUGCAAAGUAGAGUUACAAUUCUGAACAUCCUUAACUACUGAUUCUCAGAAGAGAAAUCUUUGUAAGAAUUAUCAUUUAUGGACCAAAUUUUGUAAGGUAUACCUUAUAGAAACAAUCGAAUAUCAAUUGUGCGAUGGGUACAUGAAGCUUCUCACAGAAAACCUACAGGAAUUUGAAAAAAAUUACGUGGCAGUCUUUGGAAAUUAAAAAAUGAUGCAUGGCAGGCAAAUGAAAAUAAAAUGACAUGAAAUUCAUUUUCCCCAAAUUUCAACCGGCAGCCUCUUCCUUCUCUUGCCCUAAGCAUCCGACUAAAAAGCCUCCACUUGAAGCAAAAUCGGCCGGGGCACUCACCGCCACCGCCGACCGACGCCAACGAAGCUGUGCAUACUUUUAGCGAUAUAGAGGUUUUGCUCCCCAUGUCUUAUAGUUUAGAUAUUGAAAAUUCUUUCCUGCAAGUCUCACAAUCUUCAUAUAUUUGCAUAAUUUCAGAUACCUUCCACAUUAGCAGCUGCUGUGGAGAAAUAUGUGAAUGAUAAAGAUGGUCACUUGAAAUACUUAAGGGUGUGAUUGGCCAUCGCUAUUGAAGAAAAAAAUCUGCCACCCAUUCAGCUUUGUCUACAUUGGCAUAAUUUCAGAUACCCUCAACAUUGGCAUCUUUGGAUAGUAUAUUGUAGACAAUCCCAUUCAGCUCUGUCUACAUUUUUGGAUAGUAUAUUGUUGCUUGCACUUUUGUGAUUUUAAUAGCCUCAAAUCAAUGUAAUUAUUGUUGCAAGGAUUGAUUAAGUUUCCACUAUAGACAGAAGAAAAAACAAGAUUUUGUUAUGAUUAUUGGAAAUGCUUUAAUGGGAGAUUGAUUAAAAUUAAUAAUUUUUGCUGGACAAUUUGGGCAAUUACGCAGUAAUUUCUCUGUUUUG